ACAAACAAAAAACAAAUGUGUUUGUAACGCACGAUGUUCCAUUAGUUAUAUCUCUUGACAUAAAGAAGACAUUUAUAUCUAGGAUUUGGCAAAGUUUGGAUAUACAUUUCGUGAAACACAACAAUACAGUUUAAUUAGGAAAUAGUUCGUAAAGAUCACAAUGGCAAAUGACUUCCUUGUCUCAAAAUGGAAAAUGUGGUUUUCCUGGUUUGAUCACAACAAAGACGGAAAAGUUUGCAGAGAAGAUUUAGAGACAUCAAGGAAUAGGUUUGCAAACCUCCAUCAUUUUGAAGCGGAGCGGAAGAAAGCUGCUAUGGCCACAUACACUCUUUGGUGGGGCGAGUAUCUAAUGUGGGGAAAGUCUGAAAUCACGGAAGCGGAAUUCAUUGAAAACCAGAAUAAAGCUUUCGAGGACAGUAAAGAAGAAUUUGUUGAAAGAAUGAAUAAGAACCAGGAUAUUGUGUGUAAUUUGCUUGACACGGACGGCGAUGGUCUCAUUACCGAAGAAGAUUUGCUUAUCAUGUUUCAGUCAACAGAACAUGAUGAGACCGUGGGCAAGAGAUGGUUCAAUGCUCAUGAUCCGGUUGACGGGAAAGUUCCAGUGAAAAAGAUGGCUGACAUGUGGACGCAGUUGCUCACUGAAGAGGACAGCUCCAAACCAGAUGCACUUGUGAAGCAGUUCCAAACUGGCCUUUAAGACUCUUUAAUAUCAUUUUGACACAUUUAGGUUUAUUAAUAUAAGACAUUUCUGUGACAUGUUAUUAUAUCGUGAUUCUGGAGACAAUAGAAUGCAUCCUGGAAUUUUGUGUUCUGCCAUCAGGUGAAUUUUUUGAUAAGUCAAUUAAUAUUUGUUUCUGCGCACGUCACAAUAAUAAUCAAAGGCAAUAAAAUUAACAAAAAAAUGGAAUAUACCGUUAAAAGUA